UGGUGAGGCACACAGGGCUAUUCCUCGCUUUCCCAUAAUGCUUGCGCUUAGCCUGAAGCAUUGUGGGAUUGCAACAUUAGGACGGAAAGUGUAGGGUAGGCGAUCAUGCAAAGAGAAUGAUCACUGUUUAAACCUAAACAAAUCAUUUAUCUAUCAUAUAUAUUAUCGAUUUCUAUUGCUCUUGAAGAUAAUUUUCAAGGUAAUGUGACUUCUAAACUCUUCUUUCUCUUAUCAACGCUCCAAAAGAGGUUAAACAAGGCGGCCAGGAAGUGCCCAGCCUUUCUCACACGCGGAUUCUCGAGUCGGUGGCAAAGACAGAGAAACAUGGCUUUUACAGACCCCACAGGCUCAAGUCACAAGUUUUUAAAGGAUGCAUCGCUACUGUAUCAAGACAUUUGUCCGGAGCAGUCACGUUUUCUCAUGGGGAGACACCAGAGAAUGAAAGCUCCAGCCAAGUUCCAGCCCAUCCCUGAAGAAGAGCUCUGUCCCUUCUGUUUCCAGUGGCGUCGCCCAGACAACCACCGCAUGCGGCUGCAUCCCAAGCGGCAUGCAUCGGUAAGGGUGCAGAGCGUGUUGCGGAGGGAGGGCAAGGGCAAGAGGCUCAGCCUGGCUCAGAUGGACAUCUUACGGAGGUUCAGGGGCUCCUCAUCAGCUCUGGUGGUUACAUGCCACACCUGUAACAGCACGUCCAAGCAUAACGGCAUCAACAGGAACUUCAUAGCCACUCUCUCCAAGAGCCACUGCACCCCCUGGAGCGCAGGCAAACACAAGACUCCCCAGUCCACCAACAGAACCAACGCCUCCAAAGACAAGACGCCCUGCAGUACGCCAAGGUCAACCUCUAAGACCCCCGGUUCCUCCUCGGCCUCAAAGCCCGCAGGUGUGAAGAAGUUGGCCUUCUCCCGCCUCAAGAGGUUCCUCAUGCUGGAGGACAACCAAAAGACCAAGACCAAGGGAGGACUCAAAGACUUCCUCUCCUCCCUCUGAAUGACUGACACUGGGCUCCGUUGCAUGAGUCAGCCAUGACACUGAACCAGUCUCUCUCUGGCCUGCUUAGAAUGGUCCUGCUGGAAUUCAGAACAACAAGGCUAUAGGGGGGAGGAGUCGGCUGUCAGUCAAUAAGCGCCACAGCGCCACCUGUUGAGAGAAUUAAAGGGGCAUGUUUUUUUUCUUCUUCACAUGCCACCCCCCAACUGCCCCUGAGGUCCCCCUUCCGUAGAGCUGUCCAAACUGGGAAUGGUCCCACACCACCACAUCACUUAGGAAUUCCACUGUCCCAAUUGGAUGGUGGGAUUGGCAUCGGAUGGCAAAGCUCACCCCUCUCUUCCAUGGCAUUUAUGAUGAGGCAAGCAAAAUAAAUUGUUUGGAGUUAUAGGAUGUUUUGAUUUGAGAGGGUGAUUUUAUAUUUGUUACAAUCACAUUUAUGAUAAAUAGGACUUAUUUAAUGCUUGCGUUUCAUACUACUUUAUGACUUGGUUGUUGUCCUCUGGUCUACAUUUUUUUCUGGUUGAUUUUGGGGAACUCCACAGGGCAUGUCUUCUUGAAACUCUCCCUCUUGUUAGAACACCAGCCAGGUAGGGCUGAUCAUUUGUUACUAUCUUAUGAUCACUGUGCCAAACACAUGUUUGUUUACUGAUGGUUUUGAGAAUCAUAUUUGGGUGAAUCGGACACAUCAACUGUUUAUAAUGAAAUAGGCGAUAGGCCUGAAACUUGUGAUUUGAUUUAACUAAAAAAAAAUAUUUUACAAUGGUUCUGUUUCUUGUUAUUGAUGGUUUUCAUUUUUUUACCUGUUAGUAAGUUCAUAUUCACAAUUACUAUUAGACUGCAUGUUGUAAUGGCUGCUUUGAUCCAACACAAUUUAUAACAAAGAUUUUCUUUGGUUGUAAUUAAUCCAAUGUGUGGGUCUGUAUCAUUGCAUAUAAUCCUGAAUUACCUCGCAUUUAUAUUCCUUCUACACUUUGCUUCUCUGAAAUAAACUUUUUCAAUUUAAAUAUUACUGUGUUGAAUGACAGAACUCAUGAAGAUAUAGUGCCUUCUGAAAGUAUUCAGACCCCUUGACAUUUUCCACAUUGUUAUGUUACAGCCUUACUCUAAAAUUGAUACAUUUCUUUUUUUUCCCCCUAGUCAAUCUACACACAAUAACCCAUAAUAACAAAGCAAAAACAGGUUGACAUUUUUUGAUGGAGGCCACUGUAUUCUUGGGGACCUUGAAUGCUGCAGAAGUUCUUGGUACCCUUCACCAGAUCUGUUUUUUGACACUACUGUGGUGGAGGUCUGCGGACAAUUCCUUGGACCUCAUGGCUUGGUUUUAGCUCUGACAUGCACCGUCAGCUUUUGGACUUUAUAUAGUCAGGUUUGUACUUUUCCAAAUCAUGUCCAAUCAAUUGAAUUUCUCACAGGUGGACUCCAAGUUGUAGAAACAUCUCAAGGAUGAUCAAUGGAAACAGGAUGCACCUGAGCUCAUUUUCGAGUCUCAUAGCAAAGGGUCUAAACUUAUGUAAAUAAGGUAUGUUUUUUAUGUUGAAUAAAUAUGCAACGAUUUCUAGAAACCUGUUUUCACUUUUCAUUAUGGGGUAUUGUGUGUAGAUUGAGUUUUUUUCAAAAUAUAUUUUUUUAAUCCAUUUUAGUUUCCGAAAGCACUAAGUCGACUGUCAGUGUUGCAAUGUAUUCACAGUGGCAGUUUUCAGAAAACAAGUCUCUCAUUAAGUGCUAGAAAUAAAAACUUUUUAAAGGGUA